UACGCUUUUUUUGUAACUGAACACAUAUUAAUCAAUUAGAAUAGAUAUUUUGUGUUAUUUUUAUUAUCUUAAGUAUCGACGUAAUAGGUAUUUAGAAUGUAACUAUACGUAUUUUAUUUUUCGACAAAUUGUCCCGCCAUUCGAUGAUCGUAUUUCUCAUAACAACGUUUUCUCAUUGGUGCACUUUAGAUCACCUGAUCAAUUCAACCUAUGAAAAGUCUUUACAUAAUAUUCGCAUGAAAUAAUUACUACGUGAAACAAAAAAAUAAAAAGUAAAAUAAUAUGUUUUUUAAUAAAUCACAAGUUUUAUAGAUAGAAAAUAAAAAUAAAUAUUUUUAUGAAAUAUCAAAUAUAAAAAUGUAAAAUUUAUGUAAAAUACAAAUUAUUACCUAUGUCACGUGACCAAAAUAAUGAAUCAAAUGGAAUGAAUCAAAACGAAGAAAUUAUUCAAAUGAUUUUUUAGCCGGUAUAACCUAUUUGGUAUAAAAUGUUUAUGAGAAAUUAUAUAUAGUAUAUCUGAAGUAUUAUUCGUUAGAAUGGUGUAAAUAUAACAUUUAAAGUAAGGAAAUGUAGUUAUUAAUUUGAAAAGAUUAUUCUAUUUAACUUUUUUACGAGAUGAGUGCUACAGAAAUAAAAUAUAAGUUCGAACGAGAAAUAGAUUGUAAACAAGGUGCAGUAAGAUCAGUUCGUUUCAGUGUUGACGGAGAAUACUGUUUGACAUGUGGAUCAGAUAGGAAGAUAAAGUUAUGGAAUCCUUAUAAAGCUACAAAUUUAAAAGUCUAUGGAGGACAUGGAGACGAAGUAAUGGAUGUUUGUGCAUCUUGCGAUAGCAGUCAAAUAGUGUCUUGUGGUUUAGAUAAAUCUUUGAUUUUAUGGGAUGUAAGUACUGGAACACCUGUUCGACGCUUAAGAGGACAUGCAGGUCCUGUAACAACUGUAAGAUAUAAUGAAGAAUCAUCAAUGGUUGUUUCUGGAUCUCGAGAUAAUACUGUUAUGUGUUGGGAUGUACGGUCUAAAUCAAUAGAACCUGUACAAUGUUUGAAUGAGGCCAAAGAUUCAAUUUCUAGUAUUAGAACUUCUGAUCAUGAAAUUUUAUCAGCAUCAUUCGAUGGAAAGAUACGAAGAUAUGAUAUUCGUGUUGGCCAAAUGUAUUCUGAUUACAUGAAAGAUGCAGUGACAUGUGCAAGUUUUACAAGGGAUGGACAAUGUAUUGUAGUUAGUUGUGCAAACGAUGUAGUACGUUUAAUUGACAAAGAUACUGGAGAAUUACUUGGUAAAUUUACUGGGCAUACAGCUAAAGAUCUGUGUUUAGAAUCAAGUGUAGAUUCUCAAGACACACAAAUUCUUUCGGGCUCUGAAGAUGGUAAAUUAUGGGUAUGGGAUUUGGCAACACAAACGGUUGUUGCAAAACUUUCUGGAUACAGACCAUCGAAAUACCCUACUUUAUCUAUAAAUGUUCAUCCAACUAAAAAUUGUUUUAUAGCUGCAAAUGGCUAUAGUAUAUUAAUGUGGAGUGCAGAAUCUACUGCAAAAGUUGAAUAAGGUAGAUAUAAGUAUGUAUAUAUAUAUAUAUUUAAUAAAAUAAAAUCUAUAUUAAAAAUCAUUUUACUUAUUCUGAAUAUUUUAUACAUAUAAAGAUAAAAUAAUGUAUUAACAAUAUUUUUGUCUUACUUUUGUUAACUAUCCAAACCUAAUAAAUAUUUAUAUUAAAUUUAUGUAUUUUUAGAAUAAGUUUAAUCGCUUUUUUUCAGUGAUUGUUCAUUAAUGCACUAUUGGAUAUAAUAGUGGACUAGUUUACGCCUGUAAUGAAUCCAGGCGAAAUUUUGAUCGAUUUUGAUAAACAAGUUUUCAUUUUAAAGAUGAAGUUUUUUCAACGGGGAGAUGGCUUUAUCGAAUUUUUAAAAAAAUUUCAUUUUCAUUAAAAAAAAUCGCGUUAAAAAUGUUUUUUUUUGCGAAUAGUUUACUCAUAAAUUCAUUGUUUGGGUAAACGCGAUUUUCAAUAUUUCUAUUAUUUGUUGUUUGAACUAAUAAACAUACCAGUAUAACAUUUCCUUAAGUAAGUUAAAAUAAUUAAUACUUUUCUUUAAUAUACAAAUUUUAUCGUUUAAUGUCAACAAGAAAGAACAUAGAAUGGACCAUGCGAGUUAUCACGUUAGUUUCCUUUCUUACUCUGAGGACUUCGCAUCGAAAUAGUCUCUUACCAAAAUGUUAUAUUUAAUUCUUUCAUAGAUGCGAUGAUUUUAGAAUAAUUUACACAACGUAUAAUGUACAUGUAGUACGAUGCGCUAAUAUUUAAACAAUAGUAUAUGCCGUUAAAAAUUUAUCGUUUAGAUGCGUUAUACGUACAAUAAUCAACUUUCAGUUUGCAUCGAUCGUUAGAUGUCAAUAAGAAGGAACAAUAGAUAGACCGUGCAAUUUACCACGUUAGUUUCUUCAAGUUAUCUGAAAACUUCACAUCGAAAUAAUGAAUAAUUUCUCUUGUGAAUAAUUCCUCUUUUUGAACGACUACAUGUAAUUAUUGUAUAGAUGCGAUGAUUUUAAAAUAAUUUAGACAAUGUACAAUGCACUCCAAGUACGAUGUGGUAAUAUUUAAACAAUAGUACAAGCCUUUAAAAAUCUCAUAGUUCUUUAGAUGCGUUAUACAUAAAAUAAUCUAUUUUCAGCGUGUAUCGAUUGUUAGAUGCCAAGAAGAAUGAUCAUUGGAAGGUCCAUGCGAGUUACUACGUUAGUUUCCUUUUGUACUCCGAAAAGUAAACGUGAAUAUAUGCUCUUUCCGUACCGCUAUAUUUAAUUAUCUUAUAGAUAAAGUAGGUAUAUUUCUAUAUCAUUCAUUUUAUGAAUAAUUUAUAUAGUUUCUUAUUAUAAGAGUGAUACUAAUAAUUUUGUUUGUAUUUUUUUGUUUCAGGAAUUUAUUGCAAUCGCGCGCAUAGCAAUGAAGUAAUUAAGUGUUUGUAUCACUAAAAUUAAAAUAUCGUGAAGUAGAAACAGUAUUUGCUCGUUCACGUUUCUCGAUUUAUACAAGUGUUUCUGCAUCGACAAGUGUUUCUGCAUCGACAAGUGUUUCUGCACGCAUUUAAUGACUGACAUAUUUUACAUUUUUAACAGUCGCACAGACUGUAUAGAAGAUAGUGAAUUUUCACGAAGUAAAUUCAAUGACCAUUUUUUAAUAAAUAAUUACCACGAAUUAGAUUCAGUGGAUUAUAGAAAAAGGAUCUCGACCAACUUCAACGUCGACCUACGUCAUUUUUAACCACCUAUAAAUCAUCCACUCUCAAUUUCGACCUAAAUCUCGGACUAGUGUUUUGGAGUCAUCGCAAAAUUUCUUAAGUAGUAAGUGACUUUUUAAAUUCCUCCGAUCACUCAAUUAUGUUAAAGACAAAAGGAUAGAAUCGGCACUAGUAAUUGGUUGUAAUUAGUUAGUAGAAGAGUAUUGAGUGACCACGAAUAAAUUUUUUCGGAAUAACGUGCUUAAUAGAACGUUCUGUCUGAAGCUGACGAUGUCGGACGGUGCAGUUUUCCAUAAACAGCGUCUCACCCACCUCCUGUUAGCUAAGAAGUCUGAAGCUCCUGAAGCGGAAAGACAUCUCGGUACGCGGAUUUUAGAGUCACUGCUAGCCCAUGGAUCUCCAUAUGCAGCAACCUCCACGCGGUGAGAUCUGGGUCGGUACUACUUGCGGUAUAUAGAAUUUUAAACUUAAACCAUAUGCAAAUAUAUGUUAUACCGCAAAUACUACCGAGCGAAUGGCUGCACAUCUUUAUGCGUUUCGAAAAUGUUUUUCUUUCAUAUUUUACUAGAUAUUAAACUACUCUCAUUUUACAUUGUUAAUCAUACGUCAAUAUAUAACCAGAUUAGAUUUUUUUUUGUUAUUAUUGGAGAUUUAGAUUUUACUUUGAUUUUCAAAUAACAAUAAUAAAAAUAAUAUAAAAGAGUAGAAUUGCCGUUAACCUGUAGAUCUCCAUAUAUAGUAAUCUCCACAUGGUAAGGUUUGAGGUUACUUGAUAUUACUUUUGAUGUAAUGUAUAUUAUAUUUUAUAUUUUAUGCAUUCCAUCACAAGUGAUAUGGACUGCUUAAAUAUUUUUUAGGUAUUUGUUUAUUUGUUGUAAAUUUAAUUAGAAACAAAAUAUAUAAAAUUUGUACAAUUAACGAACACUUUUCAAUUAAUCUAAGAAGUAUAAUUUAGAAUAUAAAUUUUUUUUAUACAUACAAAAAUGUUUAUCAUAUAUAGAUUGUUAGGUAUUACGUAAAAGAGGUAUAUAUAAUUUAUAGCUUAUACACUAAUGCAAUAGUUUCCCUAUUAUGCUUGUAGUUCAUAUUUUGUCCAUACUUGUCGCUGAAGUCAUAUAAGCUACGAGCAAAAAAUGAUGAACAACCUUAAUUAUUGUAUUGUUUAUAUAUAAAUAAUAAAUCAUUUCUAAAGUCAAA